GCGGACGCAGGUAGAAGGCAGUUAGUUCAAAGCGGGGUCCGGGCGCGACGGCAUGGCUCAGGAGCAGCUGCCGCCUUACCUCAACCUGGCCGAGCUCACCGCCUCCCAGUUCCUGGAAGUCUGGAAACAUUACGAUGCAGACGGGAACGGUUACAUCGAAGGCAAGGAGCUGGAGAAUUUCAUCAGGGAGCUACAGCGAGUGAGGAAAGGGGCGUGCGUGGAAAUACAGAUGAAGGAGUUUAUGGAAAAAUAUGACAAGAAUGCCGAUGGGAGGAUUGAGAUGGCUGAACUAGCCCAGAUACUUCCGACCGAAGAGAACUUUUUACUGUGCUUCCGACAGUGCGUGCGGUCCAGCGGAGAAUUCAUGGAGACGUGGAGGAAGUACGACGCAGACUGCAGCGGCUAUAUCGAAGCAAAUGAGCUAAAGAGCUUCCUGGGGGACCUGUUGAAGAAAGCCAACAGACACUAUGAUGACAAGAAGCUGCAGGAGUACACUCAGACAAUACUGAAGAUGUUUGACACAAAUGGCGAUGGGAAGCUGGGGCUCUCAGAGAUGGCACGUCUAUUACCUGUUCAGGAAAAUUUUUUGCUAAAGUUCCAGGGUAUGAAACUGAAUGCAGAAGAGUUCAAUGCAAUAUUCACAUUUUAUGACAGGGAUGGAAAUGGUUACAUUGACAGUCACGAGCUGGAUGCAUUACUGAAAGAUUUGUAUGAGAAAAAUAAGAAGGAGAUGGAUAUUAAGAAAAUGACUGCGUACAAGAAAAACAUCUUGUCUCUGUCGCAUGGUGGCAAACUAUAUCGGAGGGAGCUGGAGAUGAUACUGUGCACAGAACCUUUGUAGGAAGGGUCUCGUUGGCAAAGAAUGCACCAUCCACCCCACAGAACAAAACCCCAACACAUGUGCAGAGUGGUCUGAAAAGCACAGUUUCAUCCUGCAGAUUAAAAAUGCCAGAAGGGACAGUGUCAGGCGUCACCAUUCUUUUCUAUGUCGCUCCUUUCCCCCAGCAUCUUAAAGCAACAAAUGGUAUAGUUAUAUACAUACAUACAUAAACAUAUAUACUGUAAGAGAGAGAAGCACAUUGUGUUUGGUAAAUGCUUUUGUUUGCUAAAAGUAUGCCUGAGAUUUAAAGCAGAAGAUCAGUUAAGCAAGAGGCAAUUAAUUUUUGUUUACUCUGUUUCAUUCACAUUCAAUAUCUUGUCCUGGCUCUGAAAUUUACAUAGCCCACAGACUGAAGGGUGUGUGGCGCGCGGCCAAGUGGUUAGGGCGUUGGACCAGCGAACUGAGGGUCGUGGGUUCGAGCCUCGGCCGAGGCAGCGUGUGUGCCCUUAAGCAAGGCACUUAAUAGACUGAGGGGUGGAACUUUGUCAAAUGCUGGUUGAAGUGUUGUGUAGAAGAGGUGUAAAGACUUUGGAGAGUACAAGGAAGAGAUUACUAAUGUGAGGAACUGUAGUUUUGUGGAUGGAUUGGAGGGGCUGGGAUUGUGAGGAGAUCUAACAGAGGCAUUCAGUACAGAUAUAGAUAGAGAAUUGUUCUCAUUAGUGGGGUUGGGGGUAACAAGUGUGAUACUGGUGAUAGUAACUUUUUAUAGUGAGAGGUCAGUUGUGGAAUUCACAGCUGGGGUAGUUACAGCAUACAGGUGAAAGGGGAAACUGCAAGACAGGGAACAGAGAGAGGAAUGGGACCACUUGGAUUGUUCCAACAUACAGCCAGUAACGACUCGGGGUCAAAUGGCCUUCCAUGAAAUUGUGUGCUUCUGUAGUUUACAGCUCAACGUUCACCUUCAUAGGGGUUUCCUCCCUAGACUGAAUACCCCACUUGUCUCCAUUCUUGGAGUCUGUUUUAUUUCACAUCACUCUUGACACUUCCUCCAGGGCCUGAGCUGCUGAGCAUCCAGAGCUGGACACAUUAUUCGUGUCUGGGUUCUAGACAAGGCAUGGUAUGGUUUUACUUCAUCAGAACUUCCAUUGUUUUUGUGAGGACUAUCCAUCACGUCUUUCUGGAAGGCGAGCAUUAUCCACAGGGGAAGCUGAUGUAACAUUGACACCUGCAGUCAGUACUGGUCACAUCAUGGAGAAUUCUUUCUCCCAUGCCACCACGACCAAAUGACGGUUCCAUUCCUGUUUUUUAUGUCCACCACGUCAGCAGAUUAGUCCUGAGGAAAGAACAUGGCUAGGUUUGAAUCUGGAGUGUGGGGCGUACCUGUAGUCCAGGGUCAGGAACACGUCUAAAACUCACUGGGCUCUGUUUCCAUACUCCCUUUACACUCACCGGUUUCAUUGAGGAAAUGAUUACGUGUGUAACAAGUGAACUACAAGCGUUUGGUGCAUUAGGUGGAGUGCAGAAGAUCUGCUGGUCCAACACCAGAGUACUAGGUGUGUGAGAUCAUCAAACGCUUAAAGUACUCGGUUUGCACAGGGACUUUAAAAGGAUUUCAGCAAAAUAAACAGAAGAGGCCUUUGCUUGUGGUUGCUCCCCGAUCAAACCCAAGAAAAACUGUUUUUCUUUGAUUUCCAGUAAAAGCAGUGUGAUGCUGCCUCACAGAAUCAAUAUUCUACCAACCCUCUGGCUUUUGGUUGGGAGCCAGACCAUCUCACCAUACAUCAGUGAAAAACCAGUGCUUCUAUGUGAGGGAGGGAGGUCACAAUUAGUCAUCCGGAUAAUAACCCAGUUGCCUGAUAACUGACCUUCUGCUGACGAUUAAGAUGUUUUAUUUGCUUUGUAAAUGAACAGGUUUUAGUUUUUACACUGCCUUUUCCUGUUUUAUACACAGUUGUGUAAAGCUAAGCCUCAUGUUUAGAUGUGCCGACUGCAAUGAUUGUCAUCCCUUUCCCAACGAGUUCCAACCUUCCUUUCUUAUUCCAUGACUACAAAGCUAAGUUGCUCCAAGAAUCUUUGCACUAAACAAUAUGUUCUGUUUCUGUGUUUCUUUCUAUAUAUGUUGAAAUUCAAUUUGAAAUAUUGCCGUGAGGCAAAAAAUUCAAAAUAAACAUAGUGGCAAUGA